AUGGAGGUAGAAGUUAUAGACGGUCCCGAAGAGGCUCAUAUUGACCAGGAAACCCAGGAUAAUUAUCGCAUAUGGAAAAAAAACGCGCCGUUCCUAUACGACUAUCUCACCACCCAUCCGUUACUAUGGCCUUCUUUGAGUGUUCAGUUCUUCCCUGACCUCGAGAAACUCUCAGUUGGCAGCCAAGAGUCGCUGGAUCCCGAAACCGUGGCGCAAAGACUUCUCGUGGGAACUUUUACUCUUGGAAAAUACACCGAUUCCAUCUCCAUUCUUCGUCUUCCCUAUUACACGAAUCUCUCGCGCCAUGUCAACAUUGACCGACUCAAUUACCACGCAGACAAACAGGAGUUUGAAGUUACCAGUGCUUCGUCCAAGAAAAUUUCCACUGUGCAAAAAAUUAAUCAUCUUGGAGACGUCAACCGAGCUCGGUACAUGCCACAAAAUCCCGACGUAAUUGCAAGUUGUAACAACUUUGGCAGUGUCCUGGUGUACGACCGCACCAAGCACGCCAACGUGAAGACGGCAUUGGCCGACACAGACAUUAGUCCUCCACAAUUGCGUCUAGUAAGCACCACUAGUUCGCACGCCGAUAUAUUUGCAAUUGACUGGAAUCGUCAACAAGAAGGAACCAUAGCGUCGGGCUCAAUGGACGGACAGAUGUGUGUGUACGAUAUCCAGAAGAUGCAAAAGGACAACGAUGAGGUUCAACCAAUAUGGAGUACUAGUUCUGAGUCUGGAAUCAACGACCUCGAAUGGGUUCCCAACCACGAUAAAUUAUUUUUGUCAGCCAGUGACAACGGCGUGGUGCAAUUGUACGACACUCGCCAGCAAAAUGCUUUAUCGACGUUUUUUCAUUCUUGUGCCGUGAACAGUGUGAGUAUCUGUCCUGGUCAAACCACCACUUUUGCGACUGGUGACAGCAAUGGUCAAAUCGAUAUAAGAGACAUUAGAAUGGCCAAUUCCAUUCACCACAUAACCAGCCAUACCGACUCCAUCACACAAAUCAAAUGGCACCCCAAUCAUCGACGAGUACUUGGUUCAGCGUCCAGCGACAAGACAAUGCGAAUAUUCGACGUUGCCAACGAUAAGCUCUUAUUUAUCCAUGCUGGACAUAUGCUAGGAGUGAACGACUUUGACUGGUCUUUGCAUGACGACUGGCUCGUGGCGACCGUAGGAGACGAUAAUUCUUUGCAUGCAUGGAAACCUGUGAUUGAGAGCGAUAAAUUAGCGACUGCAACAAGCUGA